GCCCUCCACCCUUCCCACUCCUGCCGCUGGAGGUGAAAGGUGGCUGAGAAUUGAGAGCAGUCACACCUUUCGGAUUAGACAGACGAGUUCCCUUUGUCGUCUCCGGAACGUGACCCAGAUGGCGAUUGCCGGGACAAUGCAUAGGAGCUGACGCGGGAGGCGGCUCUGAUGUCAAAUGCAAACACGGCGAAUGUGGCGUUCCGGCUGCAUCCAAUCACAACCGUCACACUGGUUUCAGGCAUGCAUAUACUUUGCGGCCGCCUUUCAGGCAACGGCCUGCGGGAUCCACUACCUGGCUUCCGUCUUCCUGGUGGAGACGCCGAAUUUUGUCUGCGGCGUUCCCACCAACGUCACGGACGUUUUAUUUGGCAACAUGAGCGGGUCCAGUCUGAACGACUUCCUGCCCGUCUUCAAAGCAGAUACGGGACCUUUGGUGGUCAGGACCUCCGGCGGGGAUCAGUGGGAACUUAGCCGAUGCCAGCGGGCCUUGCGGCUCCAUCCCAAAGAUUUUACAUAUGCCUUUGGCGGCAAUAAAUCGGUGGAAUCGUGCGACGGGGGUUUUGUUUAUGAUCACAGUGAAGUGUAUCAGAGCAUUGUGACGGACUGGGACCUGGUGUGCAACCAAGCUUGGCUGGCCAAGCUGUGCCAGCCCACCUUCAUGUUGGGGGUGCUGAUCGGGGCGCUUGUGUUUGGGGAUAUCGCUGACAGAGUGGGUCGAGUGAAGAUCCUGAUGUUCACCAGCCUCUGUCAAUUUGGACUCGGGGUGUGUGUGGCCUUCUCCGCUAACUACUACUACUUUGUGGUUUUCCGCUUCCUCCUGGCCAUGGCAUCCAGCGGCUAUCUGGUGGUGGUGUUCGUGUACGUGACCGAAUUCACCGGCAUCAAGGUCCGCACGUGGACCUCCAUGCACGUGCACGCCGCCUUCGCUGUGGGCAUCAUGGUGGUGGCUCUGACGGGCUACCUGGUGCGCGUGUGGUGGAUCUACCAGAUCAUCCUGUCGCUGUGCACCUCGCCCUUCUUGCUCUUCUGCUGGAAGCUCCCCGAGACGCCGUUCUAUCUCAUCGCCAAGGAGAGGUACAAGGAGGCGCAGAGCCUGCUGGACACCAUGGCCCGCGUCAACGGUUUGGAAAACCGGCUGAGGGUGGAGGAGCUCCUGGAGCCGGAGGAGCAGAACGGCAGAGCGCUGCUGGAGAAGGUGGAGGAGGUGGAGGAGACGGGACGCUCUCGCGAGAAGAAGCUGUCCAUCCUGGAUUUGUUCGGCAGCUGGAGGAUGGCGGCCCGCACGGGAACCGUGUGGGCCAUCUGGUUCAUCGGCAGCCUGGGCUACUACGUCUUCUCGCUGGGAUCCGUCAACCUGGGAGGGAACCAGUAUCUCAACCUCUUCCUCGUCGGUGCCGUGGAGCUUCCCUCCUAUGUGGUGGGCUGCUUUGCCAUGGACCGCAUUGGACGCAAGAAGACAUGUGCCCCGGCCUUGCUGCUGGCGGGGCUUGCGUGCAUGCUUAUCAUACUGGUCCCUGCUGACAUCGAGGCCCUGGCCAUCGCUCUCAGCAUGAUCGGAAAGUUCGCCAUCGCCAUCGCUUUCGGUCUCAUCUAUCUGUACACUUGUGAGCUUUACCCCACUAUCAUCAGGUCUCUGGCAGUGGGUAGCGGCAGCAUGAUGUGUCGCGUAGGUAGUGUGGUGGCGCCGUUUUGCGUGUACCUGGCCGACGUCUGGAUCUACCUGCCUCAGCUCAUCGUGGGUAUCCUGGCCUUCAUCAUCGGCAUCCUGACGUUGAUGCUGCCUGAGACGCUGGGCAAGCCCCUAACGUCCACCUUGAAGGAGGCCGAGGCUCUGGGACGAAGCGACAAGAAGAAGGAUGCGGCAUGCGGGCUGGAGAUGAACCAGCACGCGUGAGCAAAAACAAGAAAAACUGAAAAUUUGAAUCAGAGAUGUAUUGUCCUAUAAGUAUUUUUGACACCGCUUUAAAAAAAAGUCUUUACUUUCUUUUUCAGGCGCAUCGCUUUUGAUUAAUAUUUUCAUUUUUUGUUUGGUUUUAAUUUGGACCUAUCAAAGCUCAUGCA